UGAAUUUUUCAUUUUACCUGUUCAGAGCAGAUAACAUUUUUGUUUACUCUAUAGCUACAUCGUUGUAAAAACUGCAACUGGCAGUAAUACUUUGUAAAAACCCGGUUAUUUAUAAUGUCGACCUCCGAUGGCUCCCCGGAAAGCAAAAAGGCUCGAUCUGAAAGCAGCAGCAACGGCAGCAAGGACCAAAAUGGAACAGCGACCGGUGCCGGUGGCGAUUCCCGUGAUAAAGUGGCACUGAUAACAGGCAUAACCGGCCAGGAUGGCUCCUAUUUGGCCGAGUUUCUCUUAAAGAAGGACUAUGAGGUGCAUGGCAUUAUCCGCCGAGCCAGCACCUUCAACACCACCCGCAUCGAGCAUCUAUAUGCCGAUCCAAAGGCGCACAAGGGCGGCAAGAUGAAGCUCCACUACGGCGAUAUGACGGACAGCAGCAGUCUGGUGAAGAUCAUCAAUAUGGUAAAACCCACGGAGAUCUACAACCUGGCUGCACAAUCUCAUGUGAAGGUCUCAUUUGACCUCAGUGAAUACACGGCCGAGGUAGAUGCGGUGGGCACGUUGCGCAUUCUCGACGCCAUUCGUACUUGCGGGAUGGAAAAAAACGUAAAGUUCUAUCAAGCCUCCACUUCGGAGCUGUACGGCAAGGUGGUGGAGACGCCACAAAACGAACAGACUCCCUUUUAUCCCCGGUCGCCAUAUGCCUGUGCAAAGAUGUACGGCUUUUGGAUCGUAAUAAACUACCGAGAGGCCUACAACAUGUAUGCUUGCAAUGGAAUCCUCUUCAACCACGAGAGUCCACGAAGAGGCGAGAACUUUGUAACCAGGAAAAUCACACGAAGUGUUGCAAAAAUUCUGCUUAAGCAGAUGGAGUAUUUUGAGCUGGGUAAUCUAGACUCAAAACGCGAUUGGGGACAUGCCAGUGAUUACGUGGAGGCCAUGUGGAUGAUGUUGCAGCGAGACUCGCCCUCCGACUACGUCAUUGCCACUGGGGAAACGCACAGUGUUCGCGAGUUCGUUGAAGCCGCUUUCAAGCAUAUCGGACGCGAGAUAACGUGGAAGGGGAAGGGCGUGGACGAGGUGGGCGUGGAAAGCAGCACUGGCAUAGUACGCGUUCGCAUAAAUCCAAAGUAUUUCCGGCCCACGGAGGUAGACCUGCUGCAGGGCGACGCCUCCAAGGCCAAGCGGGAGCUCAACUGGACGCCCAAAGUUAGCUUUCUGGAACUGGUCAGCGACAUGAUGAAGGCCGACAUUGAGUUGAUGAAAAAGAACCCCAUUGCCUAGGGCCUGGUUGUCCGGAUUGGGAAUUAAUACGGCACAAAGCUCUCUGUCCGCUUGCGGAGCUAUCCACUAACCAUAGUUCUAAGCUACUGUAUUUGAUUUGUCAUCGCUGUGCAUGUAUUUCUGUAUUGUUUUAGCAUUCCUUUCUCUGCUUUGAUGUGUACGUUAACGUUUUGUGUGUGAAUCUAAUUGUUUUUAUACACUUUACCAAAUAUAAUAUUUGCAAUAAAAACUUUAGACGACAAACUUUAAACCAAUAAAUCGAAAAUGUGUUUUCGAAA